AUGAGCUCGCGCUCGCUCCAUGCAGCUGUCGGAGCCUGGCAUGGGAGAACUUACAGAAUACUUUCGCGAAGCAGGAGAAGCUUCGCCAGUGCACAACAGCUGGCUCGGCACUUGGGCUCCCCACCAGAGCUCCUCGGCGCUUUGGAGCAGCUGCCGGAAGCAUCUCGAAGCAGUUUCGGUUCGGACGGCGGUCUGAAGCAAGCCCUGGGCGAAUUGGCACGCCGAUUGCCACGGGAUGCCGGUGAACAGGUGCCAUGGGAGCCUGCUUGGACACCACGCUUGGCAGCAGUGCUCAACCAGCUGGGUGCACAAGGGGCCAACUUGCGCUUGACCAACGGCCUGAGCAAUGCGCUACUCCAGGCUGCAGGAAAUGACCAUGAAUCACUGAAGACAGAAGAGACUACCGUGAGAGCUGUCAAUCUAUGUGAGGCCACCGCAGAUGUGCCCACUCUGUUGGACAGGUGCCAAGGCUUCGCAAAUAACUACGUCGUCGCCGUUUUGCUUGAGGAGCUAGAGGAGCGGUGCUCUGCUGGCGCGAGUGGUGGAACUCCGGAGAAGUGCGCUGUGCCCCUCUCGGAGUUGCUGCCGCUUUUGCAAGGACUUGCCAUGGCCCGUUUAAGCGGCGGCUUGGCCGGAGCCGCCGGAGCGGAGCCAGGGCCUGGCGGGCCUGGCCUCAUGGCAUCCUUGGGCCCCGGAACGCUCGCCUGCCUGCAUGCGGGGCUUGCGAACUCCGGCGUCGCAUCCCUCUCCACGCCACAGCUUCUGCAGCUGAUCCAAAGCUCGGUCUCUGGACAGGACGGGCCGCUUGCCGAGCUGAUCGCAGACUUGCCAUCGCGAGUUCAGAGGAUGUCUCUUCCUGAGCUGGCGGCGGCGGCGCCGGCGUUGAGUACAGGAGAUGCCGCCUGGGCGCGGCUGGAGGAGCUGACACGAGUGGACUUAGACUCGGAGAGCUUUGAACUCGCGUUGGCAGUGGCCUGCGUGCUAAAAUUCCCUCCUUUCGAAAAGCACCGUGAAAUCCUUGAGCAACUGGAAUCUGCAGCGGCCUCCGCAUCCCCAAGCUUACAAGCACGACUCUUGCUCCUGGCGCUUCGGGAAGCCAGCACGUCGGAUACGGAGCAGGAAGAGAAGGACACUAGCGGCACUAGCGUUGUGAAUCGGAUACUGACAGAUGUGGGUGGGCGGUUAGCUGCAGCAGAUCUCGGUGGCAUCCCCUGGGCGCAUGCAGCAGAGUUGCUUCAGGCACUGGCCAGAAGUUCAGCACAGGCACCACCGGGGUUGGUGGGUGGUUUGGUGGAGGUUGUCUUUGCAGGGGACAUGUUUGAUCGGAAGCUCGAUGAGCUGGCAACUGUAUUCUUCGCCUUGGCAGAGCUGGGGGCGGAUCUCGAUAACCUCGCAACGCGUUGUGACCUGGCGGCGAAGCUUGCUUCCGGGGAGAAACUGGAGGCCGAGGCGUUGAUCCGCCUUUUCUGGGCGAUGGCCAUUGGCAAAGUACAGGACCCUGUGGCCUGGCAGCUUUGCGCCGCACGCGUCACCGACUCCGUUACUGCCUCUGAUUUGCCGGAGCUGUUGGCCCUGCUGCGCUCUGAGGCUGAGGAGGCGCGGCGCCAGCAGCUGCAGGAGCUGGAGGCAGAGAAUCAGCCCAAGGCUGCAGGCCAGGCCAGGGCGGCACUGGUGACAAGGCCUGCAGCAGGCUGGCGCCACAAAGAGGGGCAGCCGCUCACCGAGCUGAAAGUAGGCCGCAUCGUGAGUGGCAAGGUCACCAACUGCUACCGGGACAUGGUCUUUGUGGAUAUCAGGGCAGAGCAAGAUGGCUGCUUCCGUGCGCCUAAAGGGCAGUUCCGUGUCGGUGAGACACUGCGGAACCUGGCCAUCCGUGCUGUCGACCUGGAGAAGGGCUACGUGCACCUUUCCGCACCCAAGCCGAAGCCGGCCAAGCCCUCGGCACCGAAGGGCAAAGACGGCAAAGCAGCCGCGGGUCAGGCUGGUGAAUUUUCAUCGCAACCGCAGGUCUGGACAGCAUUGUCCACCAAGCCCACAUCAGGCUGGCAACAUAAAGAGGGGCAGCCGCUCGCAGAAUUGGAAGUAGGUCGCAUCGUAAGCGGAAAGGUGACAAACUGUUUCCUGAACCGGGUCUGGGUGGACAUUGGAGCCGAGCGGGAUGGCUGCUUCCGCACAGGUGAGCGGCGCUUCCAAGUUGGAGAGGUGCUGCAGAACCUGACCAUUCGAGCCGUCGACCUGGACAAGGCGCUUCGGCUCUGGCUCCAACGGCUCUGUGAGCUCUGGGACUUCUCUGAGCUCACUGUCCGCGAGGAACGCACGGAGCGGCUCCGGCUCAGCGCCGAGCAGCGACGCGUGGCAAAGCAGGCCGAGCAGCUGGAAAGUCGCUUGCAGACGGCCACCGAGCAGCUGGCGCAGGUCGCCCGCGCACAGCAGGAGGCCGGCACGUCCUCUCCAGGAGCUGGGACAUCGGGGCGGCUGGCGUUGCUGGCCGGGAGGUCUCGGCGGGUCUCUGGCUCCGGGUCUCGAUCGCUUGGCUCACGGUUGAUCGGACCUAUCGAGGAGGAAGAGGAGGAUGAGGAGGGGAACAAAGCAAAAGCGAAGGGAACCGCAGCCCAGCUGGCACAGCGCCGCUCACUGAAGGGUUGGGAGACUUCCGAGGCACCCGCAGCUCCCGAACAAAGCGACGGAGGCAUCUUCUCGCGGAUCCUUGGAAGGUAG